AUGCUGUACACCGGGUACCUGCGCUCGCUCGCAGGGGUGAUGGGCGCGCAGGGGGGAUGGGCGCGCAGGGGGGAUGGGCGCGCAGGGGGGAUGGGCGCGCAGGGGGGAUGGGCACGUGGGAUGAGACGGGGGAGGGAGCACGAGGGACAGUGGCAGGCCGUGGGAAUGCUGUACACGGGAUACCUGUGCACGCAGGGGGGAUGGGCGUCCCUUUCCGCUCCCCGCCUUCGUCCUCGUCCCCGUUUCCUGCCACCGUCAGCCGCGCUGCUUUCUCUGCACUCCGCUCGCCCCGCUCUAGCGGGCUCGCAGCAGAGGAAAAACAUUCGGCGCCGCACCUUACACUCGCCUCACUCGCCCACUCCCUCUCCCCUCUUCCCCACUCUCUCCCCUCUCUCCGCUCUUCCGCACCCUAUCCCCUGGAUCCCCUCUCUCUCCUCUCUCCCUUGCAUCCCUCCCUCUCACUCCCUCUCCCACCCUUUCCACCCUUCCGCCUGUCCCCGCCCUCUCAGCCACUCAGUGCCACGGAAUUCUCGCAGCCGGGCCUGCCCUCGUGCACUGGACGCUGGCGCAGCAGCCAGGGAGGAGCGCAGGGGCGGGGAGAAGGAGGAAGAGGGGGAGGGAGACGGAGAGCCGGAGGAGGAGCGGGUGGGAGGAGCAGGGGCAGCAGCGACAAGCCCCUCUGCACCCACUGGCCAAUCCCUCGCACCUGCUGCCCUGAGAAUGCCCCCCUCUGCUGGGUGGCGUGACGCGGACGCCCGCUGUCUCGCGCUGCGCCUGAUUGGCUGCCUUGCUCCGCUGGCUGCUGACGUGGCACACGUGCAGGAGCUGGUGGUGCGGGCGGCGAUGGAAGCAGAGGGACAGCAGGAGCUCUCCUUGCGGCCACAUUCCUCUGUGUUGUCUCUGCCCCCUUCAUCCUCAAUCCCCCUUCUUCACCUCUAUUCCUCGCGUCUUUCCCUUCCCCGCCUCUCUCCCUUAUUCCCCUCCUUCCCUCCCUCCACUCAGCGCCAUGCAGCUCUCUUCGCGCUCACCUUCCUCUGUGACGUCUCUCCUCCCUUCGCCCUCCACACUCUCCCCCUCCUCCUCUCCCUCGCUCUCCCCGCCUCCCCACCGCCACCCCUGCCCCUCUCCCUCAAACGCCAUCUGCACCGCUUCUCACACCUGCCUCUCCCACACAAAGUCAAGCACACAGAGGGAAGGCUGGAAGAGGGACAAGCACACAGAAGGAAGGAACAGAAAGGACAAGCACAGCGCGGCGAGAAUGUGACUGGGAAGCAGCAGCAGCAGCAUGCCAGUCUGAUGGCUGGUGAGGAGAGGGAUGGGGAGGGGGGAAACAGGGAACAUUUGUGUGAGGAGGUGAUUCUUGAUUUGGGUGCGAGUGGCAGCAGUGUUGUUGAAGUGCCUAGCGGGGCAUGA